AUAUACCGCUGAGAAGUUCCCAUGCAUAUAUAUAUAUAUAGCACCAGCUAGGAUCUUUCAGAACUAAGAAAUAGAAAAAAUCAAUCCGAUCAACUAAAGCCAACCCUGCCGGAGAUCAGAAUGGAGCUCCUCCACCUCCUCAAAUAUUGCUUACUGUGCCUCGUCCUCACCGUCACCAUCCUCCGCUUCCUGCUGCCACCAAAACCUCCGGAGGCGGCGGCCAAACUCCCGCCGGGCCCCACCCGGCUCCCAAUCAUCGGCAACAUCCACAACCUAGGCGCCAAGCCUCACAGAUCCCUGGCCGACCUCUCCAAGAAACACGGGCCGUUGAUGAGCAUGAAGCUGGGCAGAAUCACCACCAUCGUCGCCUCUUCUCCAGCCGUCGCCAGGGAGAUUCUCCAAAAGCACGACAGAAUCCUCUCCAACCGCCACACCGUCCUCUCCAUGAAAGUCCUCGACCUCCACAAAUUUUCCAUGCCCUUGCUCCCCGCGGAAGCCAAGUGGAGGAACCUCAGGAAAGUGUGCAACUCCUAUCUCUUCACCCCCCAGAAGUUCGACUCGUACCGGGAGCUCCGCAGGGAGAGGGUUCUCGAGCUGUUGGAAGAUGUCCGACUGGCUGCCUCCCAGAGACCGGGGGAGGCGGUUGACAUCCGGAGGGCGGCGUUCAGGGCGACUCUGAACUCCCUUUCGUCGAGUAUUCUGUCGUUGAAUCUGGGGGACGUGGAGAGGUCGGAGACCGCCAGGGAGUUUCAGGAGCAUGUGAGUGGGAUCAUGGAGGAGGUAGGGAAGCCCAAUUUAGGGGACUAUUUCCCCGUCAUGGGGAAGAUGGAUUUGCAAGGGAUACAGAAGCGGAUGAAGGGACAUUUGGAGAAUGUUCUCAACUUGUUUCAAUGGGUCAUCGACGAACGGGUGAGGAAGAUCAAGUCCGAUGAGCUCUAUGUCUCGCCAAACGACAUGCUCCACACGCUUCUCGCCAUCGGAGACGACGGCGAGGGGACUGCCGCCAUGGAUCCACUUUGCAUCAAGCACUUGUUGUGGGAUAUGUUCGUCGCCGGUACUCAUACAACUUCAAGCUCACUAGAAUGGGCAAUGGCUGAGCUUCUUCGCCAUCCCGACAACCUCGCCAAAGUCAAAGAAGAAUUGGAUAAAAACGUUGGAAAAGGCAAUCAUCUCCAUGAAUCCGACAUUUCUCGAUUACCAUAUCUACAAGCUAUAGUGAAAGAGACUUUAAGGCUACGUCCAGUAUCUCCCCUGCUAGUUCCCCGCAAAGCAAGUGAAGAUGUGGAAAUUCGUGGUUUCAUCGUGCCGAAAGGUGCGCAAAUUCUCGUCAACAUAUGGGCUAUAGGUCGCGAUCCCGUGGUGUGGGAAAAUCCGGACUCGUUCAUGCCAGAAAGAUUUUUGGGUUCGAUGAUCGAUGUUAGGGGGAAAGAUUUUGAGCUGCUUCCAUUUGGUGGCGGAAGAAGGAUAUGUCCUGGAAUGUCGUUGGGAUUGAGAAUGUUGCAUAUGAUGUUGGGUUCACUGGUUCAUUGGUUUGAAUGGAAGCUACCAGAUGGGGUCGUGCCAGAGAAGCUCGAUAUGGAAGAGCAGCUUGGAAUGGCUUUGCAUAAAUUCAAACCUUUGCUUGCUAUCCCGAGAGAAGAUGGCAAAAUAUCUUAUAAAAAGGAUUAGCGUUAUGUAGUUGAAAACUAUCGUUGUGAUGAUCAUGCCAAUAUCUCUUCCUGAGCAUGAUAACGUAGUCAUAAACUUCAAUGGAUCAGGAAAAGCCUUGAAAACACUCUUCCUCUUCAUGCAUCUCUUUGCCCACUCCUUUCUUGUUCCCAUCAUGUAUCCUAAGAAGCUAAGGUUGAGACCUUUGUUGCAGGUUCGAGCAUCAUAUAAAUAUUUUUGUGGGAGAAGUUAUAUAUACUAGCUACGUACUGUACUUUCCUUUGUUAUAUAUACUGGACCAUGGUUUUGCUGGAAAAA